AACCAGGAAGUGAUCAGAUUUGUGAGGGAGAGCAACAGGGAUAUGUUAUUUUAACUAAACAGCGCAUUUAUACACCUUUUACAUCCAAUUUUACCAAUUUUGCUGUCUAGGAAAACCUAUCUAAUGUCCAUUUAACCAAAGUCAGGCAGAAAGAAAUGAAAAAAAGAACAUUAAUUUGCUGCUAUGAACAUUAAAGUAUGUUCUAUUAUACACCAUCUCCAGAACGUUAUUGCAGUGCAAAAUAAAUACAUAGCUACAAUUGGGUAGAAUCUAGAACACAUAAAACGAUUAGGUCAUUGACUGCAUACAGAACCACGAUUCUGCCUUUUACCAAAACUGCUACAACAUGGCUUUUGGAGCUUUUUUCUCACUUGCCCUUAUUUUUCAUGCAUAUCCCAUUCAUGGAAUGCUAGAUUGUGACCCCACAUUUGUAAAAAAACUUGAUCACUAUUUAAGUUCUAAAGUUCCUAAAGAUGUUCCUGACAGAAAAGCUUUUCUAGAGAGUGUGAACAAGGAAAUUUUCAGUGUUUAUUGGACCUCCUUCAGAGAUAAACCUUACCUCCGGAUCAUUGAUAUACGAAGUGUUGUAAAACUGAAGAAGAUGGUUUUUGACAGCCUAAGAGAAACUGAAUUCCAUGGGAUCAACAUGUUCUUGGAAGAUAUAAAGACAAUAAAGCAGAAGUUAAUGCGGCAGAUGAAACAGUCAUUGGAGCACUUUGCUGAUAUAGCUUGCACCGAGGAUUGCUCUGUGACAGAGGGACCGGUUCUUGACUGUUGGACAUGUCUUCGAAUCAGAGCUCAGUGCUUUAAAGGAUCUGUUUGUGGAGAGCAAGAUGAUCUUGUGUUAGAAAAGAAAGAAGUUGCUGUCUAUCUUUUUCUGGUCUUAGAGUUUGCCCUAAUGUUCUUCUUCAUGGUACUGGGUUACCUCUAUUUUAAAAAGAAAAUGAUGAUGUUAAAAGAAAAGGAAAUCAAAAUAUUGACAAAAAAGAAGAAGCAGGAAGAAAUAGAAGAUGGUAGCCAUAAUAAAUGACAACAGCCAUCCAUUAAGUUGUAUUUACUGGAACUUUGAAUUUCACUGAAAAUAAAAAAAG